UCUCUCUCUCUCUCUCUCUCAGUUCUCCUUCUGCUUCGAGACACUUUACUCUCUCCCUCAGUGGUCUCUCUUCUCUCUACUUCUGCCGGAGAAAUUCUCUUUCUCUGCGCCUAGAGGUUGUUCGCUCGCCAAAUACGCGCGUCUAUGCUUCUGCUGCACAGAUCACGAGCCGCAUUUCGUGGAUCUGUGAAUCGAUUUGAACUCGCUCGCAUUGUGCAAUCUAGGGUUUUUCCGAGGAGGUUUUGGUGGGUUUGCCCCUUGAAAUCCAUGUUUAUGAAGCCAUGAGGAGGUUUUUGCUGGACUUUCGGUUGCCACGAGUGCUUCGCUGGAGGAACCCUAGGGCUGUACGGAGAGUGUACGGCGCGACCGUGGAGUCUGGCUGUCCUCAUUGCUGACUGUGGUAUACUAUGCGGAACUUCGCGAUGCUGCUCCUUCUGCUCCUCGUUCUUCACUUUCUCAGCUCUUCCCCCCUUUGUUUUGCCACUAGGCUAUUUCCAACGAGUUUACUAUUUACUAGAUCGCAUCAAAUGCACCAUUUUCAUUCUCCUGCGAUGUCCAUUGCUGCCGCACCUUCACCUAGUCAGCAAGCAUUGUCUCCCACCUCGAGCAGGAGUCCCUCGCCAAGACACCACAAUCAUCACCAUCAUCGUCGGUGGCACUUAAAACCCAAAGAGACUGCAUCUUCACCUUCAGGACAUGAUGAUUGUGGACAGACAUGUGUGGAGCCUCUCACUUCAACUCCCUAUGGCCAUGGUUCACCAUGUGGCUGUGUUUUCCCCAUGAAAGUUCAGCUUCUACUAAGUUCUGCUCCAUUUUCUAUUUUUCCCGUUACAAAUGAGUUAGAGAUUGAGGUUGCUGCUGGAACAUACUUGGAACAAAGCCAAGUGAAAAUAAUGGGUGCUAGUGCUGACAGUGAAAAUCAGGGGAAAACGGUGGUGGAUAUUAACUUGGUUCCACUUGGAGAAAAGUUUGACAACACCACCGCAAUUCUUAUUUAUGAGAGAUUUCGACACAAGAAAUUGACUCUGAAUGAGUCUCUUUUCGGUGAUUAUGAGGUUACGUACAUAAGUUAUCCGGGACUUCCUUCUUCUAUUCCGUAUGGAGGUCUCCAGGGAAUUCCUCCAACUGCAAGUGCUGGAGGUCUGCCGAUAACCGCAAACUUUGUCAGCGAAAAAUCUGGAAUUGGUUUUAGAACGAUUGCCAUCAUUUGUUUGUCUGGUUUCGUGCUCGUUCUGGUUUUGGUUGGAGCUAUAUCUAUAGUUGUGAAGUGGAAGAAAUAUGGAAAGUCGUCAAAUGCUGUUGGCCCAGCAUUUGCUUCAUCGAUGAAUAAAAGAUCUGGCCAUGGAUCUAUGCUAUCCAGCAGCAUCAGAAGCCCGGGAUCAGGUUCUUUCAUGUCCACUAUGGCGGCAUGUGCUUUAUCGGUUAAAACCUUCACACUCUCCGAGCUUGAGAAUGCGACUUAUAACUUCAGUUCCAAGAGGAUUUUGGGUGAGGGUGGAUUUGGUCGUGUAUAUCAUGGGACUAUGGAAGAUGGAGCAGAAGUUGCAGUUAAAUUGCUAACAAGGGAUAAUCAGAACCGAGACCGGGAAUUUAUUGCAGAAGUUGAGAUGCUAAGUCGAUUACACCAUCGGAAUCUUGUGAAGCUGAUUGGGAUAUGCAUCGAAGGCCGUACACGGUGCUUGGUGUACGAGCUAGUCCACAAUGGCAGUGUGGAAUCACAUUUACACGGUGAUGACAAGGAAAAAGGCCCUCUUGAUUGGGAUGCCCGGUUGAAGAUCGCCCUCGGAGCAGCGAGAGGACUGGCUUAUCUCCACGAAGAUUCGAACCCACGAGUAAUCCACCGAGAUUUCAAGGCCAGCAAUGUCCUGCUACAAGAAGACUUUACCCCAAAGGUCUCAGAUUUCGGAUUGGCGAGAGAAGCAACCGAAGGAAGUCGGCAUAUCUCUACUCGAGUCAUGGGGACCUUCGGGUAUGUGGCUCCGGAAUAUGCAAUGACGGGACAUCUUCUCGUCAAAAGCGAUGUAUACAGUUACGGGGUGGUACUACUUGAGCUUCUCACGGGGAGAAAACCGGUAGACAUGUCUCAACCUCCGGGACAAGAAAACCUCGUAACUUGGGCAAGACCACUACUGACGAACCGAGAAGGGCUGGAACAGCUGAUCGAUCCCUCACUGUCUGGAACAUACGAUUUUGACGACAUGGCCAAAGUAGCGGCCAUCGCCUCCAUGUGCGUCCAUCAAGAGGUAUCGCAAAGGCCGUUCAUGGGCGAAGUGGUUCAGGCUCUGAAACUGAUAUACAACGAUGCGGACGAGACCAUCGGGGAUUGUCACAGCCAGAAAGAGUCGUCCGUUCCUGAUUCAUCGGACUUCAAGGGCGGUGAUCUUGCCCCCUCGGAUAGUAGCUGGUGGAACGCGACGCCUCGGUUAACGUACGGGCAAGCCUCGACAUUUGUAACAAUGGAGUAUUACAGCUCGGGACCACUGUCUGAAUCGAGCAUGGCAGGGGCAAGAGAAGGAGGGUUGUCUCUGCCAAACAGGUCGGGACCGUUACGACCGGUACGGAGCAGAAGGAACUUGUUCAGAUCGAGAGGAAGCAUGAGCGAACAUGGCGGAACAGAGUCCAGACGCUUCUGGUUCUGAGAUUGUAUGGUGUUUUCGGCCAUGAAAAUGUACAUUAUCCACUGUCUCUGUACUGUAUGUAUUUUCAUUCCCUUUCUUUGAACUUUAAAUUUAUUCCUGUUUUUGUCAGGACAUUAAGUAUAAUCUAAUGAUAAUUGACGGUCGUUUUGAA